CCUAUGUAGCCUGGUAGCUCCUGUUAAAAGUAUGGGUGGUGUGGGGAAAUAGUAGAGUAUGACUAAACUAAAUAUUGCUGAGCCUCAGGCUGAGGACACCCAUAAACUUUCCCAUAGACACCCAGACACCGAACAGCUGACGAAUCUAGAAACAAGGCCCCGUGAUGCUACAUCCUGCUACCUCCUGCUACGUCUUUUUUUCCUCCCUUCAACUUUGUACACCCUCUAUUUCCUAGUGUCUCUCUACGAUGUGACCUGUUCAACCAACUUUCAAAUUCCGCCUCGACCGAAACUUAGCACUGUUCAAUCAUCCGACCUUCUCAACUUUCUCAACUUCAGAGCAGGGCAACGUCGUGUUAAUAGCACAUGGAAUAGCACAUGGAGAGAAACUGGACCGUAUGGGGAUUGUCUUGUAGCCACUGAGAAGCACGUCUUCCAGUUACGGAUCUUACACAUACACCCACUCAUCACGAAAAAGGUAAUAAUAUUGGCUUGAGUCCUCAUCUUGCCUGCAAGCAAGCAUGGGCUCGAUCAAUAAACAAAUCUCGCGUUACGAGACGACGGCGGUUUACACCCACCCCGACGCUAAGGUCGAUAUUGUUCUCGUCCACGGCCUGAACGGUGAUCCGCACAAGACUUGGACGGCUAAGAAUGAUGUCUUCUGGCCUACCGACCUGCUGCCGACUUCCCUGAGGGAUGCCCGCGCGAAUAUCCUCGUGUACGGAUAUAAUGCUGAUGUAUACUCGAAGAAGCAUGGGUCAAACCCAAGCGAUAACUUCAUUUACAUGCAUGCGCAAACUCUAGUAACGUCGCUCACACACUAUCGAAAGGAUGAGCAAUCAUCUCAUAAUCCCAUCAUCUGGGUGUGUCAUAGCUUAGGCGGAAUCUUGGUGAAGCGCGCGCUCCUAUAUUCGAAUGACUUAAGAUCUUCGCAGCACGAAGACUACAGAUCGAUAUAUGUAUCUACGUAUGGUCUCAUCUUCCUCGGUACACCGCAUACAGGCUCAGAUUUAGCGGCAUGGGGUACGAUGUUACAGGCAAUGUCGGACGCCGUAGUCCCAAGGACCUUCUUCCAAUCGGAGUCGGUUCUUCUCAGAACGCUGAAGAGGGACAAUGAAACUCUACAAAACAUCAAUAUUCAUUUUCUCGAUAUCUAUCAACGAUUUAAGAUUCUCAUGGCACACGAGAAUCAUAAGUCAGAUCUAAAGGGAACUAGGAUGCUAAUAGUUGACGCUCAUUCCGCUAGUCCUCAGCUUCCGGGCGUAACGUAUUACGCCAUCGAGGCAACUCACUCCGGAAUGUGCAAGUUUGAGAGCAGAAAUGCACCGGGCUAUAGAACUAUAGCUACGGCCCUUAGAGAUUGGGUGGCCGAUGCGCCGGACGUCAUCACCACGCGGUGGAGAGUGGAGGAGGACGAGAAGUUGGCAAGGGCCAAACAUGAAAUAGAAGAGAGAAUGAAGCCAUGGCUUGACUCGCAGCGUUUUCAGCAGGCUGGCCAAGGAUCCAUUCCGCAGCAGCAUAAUGAGACAUUACCUUCAACCCCAGACCCUUCGAAGAUCGAUCAUCACCCUAGACCGCUUAUUACCGGCCCAGUGACACCCAAUCAGCCAUCGGAAGAAGAUUAUUUCCCUUCUCAACAGUCUAAAUCUGAUGAUAACCCUCCUCAAGAGCCCCUGUUCGUCAAGCCGACAGUCUUUCGUCCUAACACUCAUUUUAAGGGCCGGACUAAAGAAUUGAGAUUACUCCAUAAGAUGCUAAUGGAUCGCAAGAGAAGAUCAGUCGGAACUUCGUCCGUCCUAAUUCAAAGUAUGCCUGGCGGUGGUAAGACCCAUUUAGCACGACAGUAUGUUUUCCAACAUAGAUACGACUACCCCGGUGGCAUCUUUUGGAUCAGGGCAAAAUCCCUAGAGGAACUGGACUACGGUUUCUGGGACAUAGCAAAGACGGUGGGAUUGAACGAGGUGAGGCUUCUAGACAGGAGUGGACUCGAUGAUACCCGCAAGAUGGUCAAGGCCGUUCACACGUGGUUGAGCGUCAAUGACAACUGGCUACUUAUCUUAGAUGGCAUCCACUUUGACCUCGUAGGCCUUCAGCAUUACAUUCCCUUCACAAGAAAUACCGGUAUAAUCUACACAUCAACAGAGCGAACAACGGGCGAAGACUACCAAUUCGAUAAUCCUCAAGUCAUUGCGCUGGACGCACUGACGAAGCAAGAAGCCCAGGAGCUGCUCUUCGAGGAGAUGGGCAAGAGGCAGCCAUAUACGCAAGAUGACUUAAGACGUGCCGAGGAGCUGGUUGAACUAAUGGACCGUUUACCUCUCAUGAUCCAUGUCGCAGCACUGCAGCUAAAGGCUACCAGAGAGCCGCUUGCGAAGUAUCUAAGGUCGUUCCGAAGUCGCCCGAAGGUCGGUAAUCUCCUUGCGUACCGGGCGGUCCGCGAGCAGCUCGAGCACAGAGGCGCUACCGCUGCGCUAAACUUGAUGGCUCUACUAUCUUUCUUCGGCACGCAUAUUCCUGUCGAGAUGAUAGUACUAGGCGCAAAGGCGCUGGACAAGAGAACCCCGGUUAAAACCGCAGAUCCCGAAACGAGGAGGUCUUCAUUGAAUAAUACAUUCAAGAUACUUAUUGCAUUCGCUCUUGUUGAAAGAAAUGAGAGCACUGAAGCCUCGUCAGCUAGCUCGCAUAGUACCCGCAGUGUCGAUAUGGGCCAGGACAGUCUCGACAUACUAAGAGUUCACGGAAUUGUUCAGGCAUUUUUCAUCGAUGCUCUUGCAGAAGAGAAACAAGCGCCGUUUUGGUUGGAACGAGCAAUAUGUAUCUUCUGUAAAGCAUUCGACGUGAGCGACCGUCGGGCCACUGACGACCCCCAGACAGGAGUGCCUGAAGACUUCCGAAGGUUUCGCAUCCACGGCGAGCGAUUACUAGCACACAUCGGCCGGUUUGAGAAAAGACAUCCCGAUCUCACGCAGUGCCGGGAACUUGUCGAAUCACGCUUAAGCACCAUCGAUAAGCGAAUCGAUGAACUCACUAAACGGGUCACAGACGCUUCUAGUCAGGGUUCCGAGCCAAUAGUCGUCUCCGUAUUUGAGCGGACUAACAGCUUAUCUGAGGAAGACUCGUUGACGCCUCCAAGCAACAAUAGCGUCGUCGAGCCUUACAUCUUAUACGACGAGAACUCGCCGUUGUCGCCAUUAGAAUCUCCAGCGAUCUACAGCGCCACCGACUAUAACCCUUAUCAUUGGCAUGUCACUUACCCACACGGCGUGCUAUACGAUGAUGUAGACCAUUCAAGGACAGUAACGCCACAGCCAGCGCCAACGGAAGUUUUUGAGUCGAUGUCUAUGCCGGACGAUGAUGAAGUCACACGUAAGGUCUUUGGUCCCCAUCAUCGAACUAUCAAAAGGCACGCUGAGCGACGUUAUCGUGACCACGCUGGUUCUUGGAGAGCCGCCUCUCAGAUACUAAGUGAUCCACGUGUCAGUAUCAGCCGUGAGACAGCGAAAGGCAUCAUCAACGCAACAACAAUUCAGCAAACGUCUAGACCACGCUCCUCUACAGAUAGCAUGUCGUCGGACGCCACCAAGGCGCAAUUAACUCUCGAUCGCAUUAAUAGGGGAUCGCCUUCACCGCAACGGAGAAGCACUGAAGACAACAUUGAAUCUGUUAGUGGCAUGACUUCGGUCGUACGUCCAAGGCUGAUAGCUGGAAAGCCAUCAUACGCCGAUCCUAAAGCCGAGGCCGCAGUCGAUGAUGGUUAUUCUGUGUCCGUAACGUUCUCAAGUCCGGCUCCGUCGCCAAAUAAUGCUGCCACGUCGAUCCUCAAACGCAGAGAAAAUGAUCGCUCAGUAUCGCUCGACGGACUCGCUCCGGUCAAAAUCUCCAGUCCUUUAGCCGCAACUCCACUUACUAUCACAUCUCCGCCAGCACCAAGCCAUCUGGUCGCACAGACAACUUCGUUACUAGAAGGUGAUAAGAUGACCCGCGCGCCGAAACCAUCUUCACGACCACCCUCGAGGCCUCCCUCCACGUCGCCUUCGCACUCUCCCUCAUUGCAAGCCUCAAGGCCAUCUUCGGUGGUUUUAUCAAGGUCUGCACGAUCCAGUCUGUCCCAUCCUACGGGCCCCUUUCCCCCGCCACCGAUUCCAAUCGAAGUCAACUCAAGCAGCAGCCUACGCUCUCCACCUGCUCCUAAUUUUCGUCAAUGGGACUCUUCUACUCGACUCCCCCAACGUUCUAUCGUUGAAGAUGAUGAGUAUCCACACUUAUCUCAGUCAUUCCCUUCAAUCCGAACUCCUCCAAACCUGCCAUAUCCUCAUACGGUGCACAAUCCACCCGAAGGUCUCCCCGCAUCGGAGCAUCCACCACCAUGGGUAGCGUCGGCCAUGUCCCCCAAUUUGCACCCUCAAGGCUAUUCUAGUCAACCUAUGUCGCGCAAUACGAGCCACCAGUCGAGCCACAGCCACGGCUCGAGUAAUUCUCUAAAUCAUACUACUUCUCCAUUAGCACAUAGCUCAUCGCUGGAAUCUCAAGUGAUGCAGAGACCUCGCUCACGCCGCCCAAGCGUAGUAGAGACAGAGCCCAGCCCGCGACUAGACGGGCUCGAGCUCGAACCCGUGAUUACUAGCUACUCACUCUACAGCGAAUCGGCUCGCGGGCGUAAGCGCACCGCGUCGGGAGGAUUAUCUCAUUCCUCGAAUUCUUCGAGUUUGCUUUCCCGAUUUAAGCCGAAGAGAAGGGGAAGUGAGAGCCGUCGCCAUAGGUCGGCAAGUGGCCGACUAAGUAGUUUAACUAAGAUCUCCAGGAUCAGUCUAAGUCCAGACCUAGAAUCACCUAAGGAUGCUGAGCCAAUGUCGCGGUCUGGCUCGGGUGGGAUCCGGCUGGCGGAUGGUAGGGUUGUAGAGUUCGGGUCACCACCACUGGGGGGAGAGGCGUCGUCUACCCCCAUAACAAACAGCGCUAGGGCUAAGGCCGGUAAUGGCAACGAUAAUAGCCCUUCCAUAUCUUCGAGCCCUUCCCGAACAUUAUCCAGGUUCAGCCCUCAUAAGCUAAGCAGAAGAGGCAGGAAGGGAAACUUGAAGGAAACAGCCACUGCUUCCGAUGUUGGGCUAGGGAUUCUGCAACAGCAAAGACAAUCGCCGUGAUUUUCGAGAGCUACCAGCUCUGUAUAUACCGUAUCAAGCUG